GACAAUUUGAGUCGAUACCUGUUUGAAUCAAUUAAGCCAACGGGAUGUGGAAAUAUUACAGAGGAAAACGAACCGUUACUAAAUUCAACAGCAGCCCGUUUUUGACCCCUUGUGAUGGAGGCGUCACGUGACACCAUCGCCAUCAUCGGGAUUGGUUGCCGUGCGCCAGGGGCAGACAACAUCUCGGAGUUCUGGCGCCUGCUGGAGCGGGGAGAGAACCAUGUCGUGGAUAUUCCACCCGAACGCUGGAAUGCUCGCGCUUAUUAUGACCCUGACCCUAUGACACCAGGUCGCAGCUACGUCAUGAAGGCGGGACUUGUCAAGAGCCCUGAAGCCUUCGACAACCGACUGUAUGGCAUCAAUGAUCUGGAAGCCAUUCAUGUGGAUCCUCAGCAGCGGUUUGUGUUAGACUGCGUUACCAUGGCAAUGGAAGACGCCGGCAUAACGCGAGCCAUGUUGAAAGGUUCCAGAACUGGAGUUUACAUGGGCGUGACCAACAGUGACUACCGCAGUCUCUUCCCAUCGCAGUCCAGCGACAUCAACAACUACACCGUAACCGGCAUCAGCAACUCCAUCAUCGCCGCCCGCGUAUCCUACGUGUGGGACCUCCGGGGUCCGUCCUUGGUGCUGGAUACGGCAUGUUCAUCGUCACUCAUCGCCAUGCACCUCGGCAUCCAGGCCAUCCGCACAGGUGACUGUGACGUAGCCAUCUGCGGUGGCACUAACUACCUGACCCUCCCCGACAUCUUCGUCUUCCUCAGCAAAGCUCGGAUGAUUUCCCCUGGGGGUCAGUGCCGUCCCUUUUCCGCUGACGCCGAUGGCUACGCACGUGGGGAGGGUUGCGGUGUCGUCAUCCUCAAGCGCCUGUGUGACGCGGAGCGUGACGGCGACAACAUAUGGGCCACCAUCAACACCACCUCCAACCAAGAUGGCCACACGGUGACCCCGCUUAUUGCUCCAUCUGGGCAACAGCAGCAGCAACUACUGUGCGACAUGUACAGCAGCCUUGGUGACGACGUGGACAACAUCGACUACAUAGAAGCUCAUGGUACAGGGACGCCGGCAGGUGACCCUGUGGAGGCGGAAGCUCUGGGCACAGUCUUCGAGCGAUGCGGCGCACAGGUGAGAGAUCGCUUUGUGGGCUCCGUGAAGUCCAACAUCGGACACCUGGAACCUGCGGCAGGUGUGAUGGGAGUCAUCAAGGUACUUCUUAUGAUGAGGCACGGCAAGAUCGUACCCUCUCUCUUCUUCUCGCAGCCAAACCCCAGGAUCAAUUUCUCUGCGCUUCAUCUCACUGUCCCUACACGACUGCACGAGUGGAAAGGGAGACAGAAAGUCGCCGUCUGCAAUUCUUUUGGUUUCGGGGGCAGCAACUGCCAUGCUGUUCUCAAGGAAUACAGCGCCUCUGCCGUCCACACGGUGUCAUCUAGAAGUCACAAACGGCCAUGCGUGGUGUGUUUCACGGCGAAUUCUGAAAGGUCACUGUUGGGGUCAGUGCAGGACUUUUUGGAUGAGCCAGGACUUCAGAUGAUGAAUAUACAUGACAUCGCGUACACCUCGACCGCAAGGCGACACCAUUUUGCUUACAGGGUCAGCAAGGUCGUGGAGGAUGUCCAGGAGCUGGUCACCGCUCUGGAAGAUCCCGGAAGGGUGAAAGCCGCCAUCACUCACACGAAGAGAAAACCGCGAGUUGUGUUCGUCUUCUGCGGCAUGGGGACAUCAUGGCCUGGCAUGUGCUUGAGCCUGUCACGUGAUCUGCCAGUCUUCCGAGAAAAGCUUGAGGAGAUUGACAGGCUGCUGUCUAGUCACGUGACAUGGUCGCUAUUAAACCGACUGGAAGACCAGAACGCAGUGAAGGAUCCCGAGUUCUCCCCCAUUGCAAUUUUUGCUUGCCAGGUAGCACUGACUGCCCUGUGGCGGAGCGUAGGAGUCGACGCGAACUGCAUUGUGGGUCAGAGUGUCGGGGAGGUGGCCGCCGCACACGCCGCAGGUUGCCUUGACCUCCAGCAGGCUGUCAGGGUCGUCUACCACCGCACCCGCCUCUUGGCGCAGGCCACCGGUGGAGCCAUGAUCGUCGUCCGCAACCUCGACGUCCAGAAAGUCAAACAGAUCAUCAUGGACGCAGGAGUCGACGUGGAUGUUUCUCUGCAGUACAGCCAGCGCGCCUGCGCACUGAGUGGAGAUGACGAAAGCUUGUCUAAACUACGUCACUUGUUGGCGUCAGAAACGGGUUCGGUGGUGACGAGUCUGGAUGUACCUGUCGCCUACCACAGUCGUCAUGUCGACAGCUGUACGCAGCCUCUCGCCCACGUGCUGGAAGGUCUGGCGUCAACGCCACCUGGCGUCCCAUUUGUGUCCAGUGUUACUGGAGCCAUGGUGACCACAGAGCUUGCCGCAGACUACUGGGUCAAAAAUCUGAGGGAACCUGUUCUUUUCUACGACGCAGUGAAAGCAGCUCACGACAGCAAGCACUCGAACUCCGUGUUUCUGGAAAUCGGUCCCAAGCCAGUGCUGCGAGCUCAUCUGGAAGACAUAUUUCCUGGGGGCAAAGUUCGCUGCGUCACAUCGAUGUACAAGGAUCCAGAGCUAAACAUUUUCUUGGAAGCUGUAUCUGCAUUGUAUGAUCAGGGAGUGGACGUGGCCUGGCAAAGGCUGCCGACGUUGGGGUCAAAGGUAACGCCCAUACCACGCUACGUGUUUGACUCUCGACCUUUGCUGCCCCGAGGGGAGGGCGCUGCCUUGCUGCUCAACGGCGUGACGCUCCAUCAGCAGCAGCACUCGUGGGUGUGGAAAGUAAACGAGCCGGGGCGCCACCUACUGAUGAUCUGCCCCCGCCUCCUGCGCUCCUUGUACGACCACGUCAUGUCGGGGAGAGUUAUCGUACCUGGUUCCUUUUACGGAGAGGUUGGUUUUGCCAUCGCCGCCGCCGAACUGAAAACAAAGAACGUCUCCAUGUCGCUAGAUUUUGUGGAGCCACUGGUAAUUGAUAAAAACAGAGUGGAAGAAGUUGAAAUUAGAACCCGACUGACGAGGGCUGCAGAUAAAGAGAACCCUGGGAAGACCGUGACGUCAUCAAUCUCUGGCUCAGCCUCGGUGUACGCCCGAGUCAUAAGGGGCAUUCACACAGCGGCCACCAUCACGAUCAAACCACUUCCGGGCAAGGCCGACAACUCUAAUAAGCGCUGGGUUAACCUGGCGUACCUCCGCUCCAAGUGCCCGGAUGAAGUGCCCAAAAGCCAUCUGUACAACUCCUUGAACCGCAGUGGCUUUCAGUAUGGCGAGAAUUUCAAACUUUUAGAGGACAUCUACAAGGGCCCAAAGAACUGCUUAGCGACGAUACGAACCACUGAGACGAUCCAGCAGGAGUACGAGCACUGCACCAUUCACCACUGCGUCCUCGACUGCAUGCUGCACUCUACAGUCCUCAUACAAGACAGCGACAGCGACAGCGGGAUUCGACCCGUGAUGCCCAAGUCUAUAGACAAGCUAGUCGUCCAUCACAAAAUGGAGCCUGUCAUGAUGACCCACUCGGUCAAGACUUACGAAGACUCAGAGCUGUGCAAGUACCACGUGACACUAGUAUCGCUGGAGGGGCUGGUGAUCGCUGAAGUUUCAAACCUCGUUGUUCUCUUUCUCGACCGACACGCGUCCGAGGUCAUGCGAGACUUGUACACGUCCGAGUGGCAUGCCAUAGAGGAGGGGCUUCCACAGUUUGAGGUCCCUUCAGACGGUGGUCUAGAAGAUUCCUUCCUCUUUCUUACCACCGGUGACCUGACCAACAGAAUCAGGGUGAGCUCCCCUGCAUUGCACAAAGGGCUGACAGCGGAGUGUCUAGACCUGCUGAAGCAGAAUACCCACAGUGCUGUGGCAGUUGUCUGCGCAGGGUCCUUGCUGGAGACGAGUGAGGCCAGCGAGACACAAGAAGCCAUCCUGUCCUCUUGUCUUCUUAUCAAGGAUCUGUUGUACCACGCAGCGAAUUUGUCCCUUACUAUCCCAAUAUUCGUGUGCACUCAAAAAGCCUGGCCGUCACCAGAACCUUCUGGAGACUUUGAAGGCGGCUUGUUGGACGGCGAUGUCAAUCCUGUUCACACGGCCGUCUGGGGACUGAUUCGUGCUGCGGUACGAGAAAAUGUCUACCCUAGCCUCGUCGCUGUCGAUAUCCAGAGUAUGGACCUUGAGGGUAAGACCAGCCUGAACCGUCUGAGUCGCUUGCUUCUGUACCUGAGCACGGAGAGCAAGGCCAAAAGCUACCCGGAAAUGCUGGUCACCGACCGGAGUGUCUUCGUCAACAGGGUGGUUGAGGUCAGUUCAAAGGUUGCAGUACCCAGCUACAGACCGCUGCACUCGGAUCCCACGGACACACCACUGCUGUUAUCUGACCAUCCCACCCGUGCACGCAACCAGAUCGCUGUGUUGCACGAGCAGCUUGUUGGACGGAACGAUCAAGGAACAACAGAACUCAUAGUAGAGGCCUUUGCUGUUCCGAACAACUCGAUGUCCAUGCGAUGUGUAGGUGUCAGCAGCGAAGAUUUCUUCCAAACUUACGGCCUUGACAUUGAAACCGACAGGUACCCAGUUGUUGCCAUAGAGACCGUAGGGAGUGUGCUUGGUGAUAAGGACAAGAAAGUUUGCUGCUGUCCUCUCGUGGCGGAAGCGCGGGUUCGAGUUCCUGCAGACCUUAUUUCAGCAAAUGUUAUUCCUGGUUAUGAACCUGGUGACCUCACCCGUCUCCUGUUUCUUUGGAUGGUUCAAAAGAAGGUCAAGAGCAGCCACGCGACCAUCUUAACUUCGUCUGCCACCCUAGAAUUGGGGAAGUUGCUAUCGUCUGUGAUGCAUACCCGCAAAAUCAAUAAGAAAUCACUUGUUACAAACCUAGUUUCUCUAGAAUGCUGGGAUACUCAAGGGGAAAUGAUUCACGAGACAGUUGUCUCCCUUGUGCUGAUUGAUGGGAAGCUCGCCAACACCCUGACGCCUAGGCUGGUAAACACUCGUCGCCUGGUCUCGUUCUCGCCUCUCGUGGACAGCGAAACGGUCACCAAGCUGGCCUUGGCCUUGCCAAAGAUGGAGAUUAAGCUGCUGGUCACCGACAGCUUUCUUCAUCCUCGCAGCGUUGCUAAGCACCUUCCGGACCUGAUGGCAUGGGUCAAGGCCAACCAAUCCCUCGUAAGGUCGGCUGUGGAGCUGUUUCACUCAUUCGUUAUAAACAGAAAGAAUUCAGAAGGAACCGCAGACGACUGUGAGCUGCCGUCGCUUCCUAGCCUCCUGAGCACCGAGACCGUUGUUCCCACCAUGCCGCUGGUGCACGCAACACCACGCAACCUGUUCAGGAGCAACGCCGUGUACAUCGUGGUGGGCGGGCUGACAGGACUUGGCUGGCUGUGCGUGCAGCAUCUGGCAAGGGGCGGAGCAGGGGGCGUUGCCAUUGUGAACAGGCGCCAGCCAUCUUCAGAUCAGCUGACUUCCAUACAAGAACUUUCUUCGGAAACCUCUUGCAAUGUCCAUCCCUUCCAGGCUGACGUGACUUCGCUGGACUCGGUGCGCAGUCUUCUGAAUGACAUCCGCGCGGUGUUCCAGGCCCGGCCAGUCCGGGGCGUGAUGUACGGAGCAGCGACUGUACAAGACAGACCGCUCUUCAACCUCACCCGAGAGGAGUUCGAAAAUGUUCUUGCUCCGAAGGUGAAGGGAACAUGGAACAUGCACUGUGUUACCAAAGACAUGCACCUGGACUUCUUCCUCAUGCAUUCGUCCAUAGCCUCUGUCUUCGGCAACGUUGCUCAAUCUAAUUAUGCCGCAGGUAACGCUUUUAUGGACGGCCUUGUGUACUACAGACGAAGCCGAGGGCUGACGGGACAGUGUAUUAACUGGGGACCACUGGACCUGGGCAUCCUGGAAGGCAACACUAAGGUCAAACAGAGGCUUGAAGCUCACGGCCUCGCUCCUCUCUCCCAAGAAGCCAUCAUGCACAAGCUGACACCACUUUUGAUGCUAAACUGGGAGCAGAUAACUCCAGUUGCCUUAGAUAAAAUAAAGAUGCAGAACGUGCACGCUGGCCGCCCACAGGUCGGGUUCCUUCGCCGCCUGGAGCUGGUCAUUAAGCCAGCAGCACUGACCACGGAGCACCAUGGCAGUCAAGACUACUCUCAGCACCUGCUUGCUGCCAAGACUAUGCAGCAUGAUGACCGUCUGCCCAUUCUCUACAAAUACGUCGCUGGCAUCAGCUCCCAGCUCCUGUGCCUCGACCCCUCCGUGGUAACCGCCGACUCUAGCCUCUACGAUCUCGGGCUCGACUCUGUGGUGGCCAUGUCCAUGGUCUCCACCAUCUUGACGGACACCAGAGUUCGCCUUCCCAUCGUGCUCUUCGUCAGCGGUGAACCUACGGUGGCCGCCAUUGCCCGCGCCAUCAGCGAAGGCUUCGAUGGCAAGAAGUGGGACGACGAGAUGCCAGACAACGGUCCCAGCGGCCCAAUCAUCGAAGAAAUAAUUGAUGAGCCGUUGGGCAUGGAAAAAGAACUCGAGUUUGUUCCGGAUUCACUCGUUCCAGUUGAAAAGAAUUAUACUCUCACAUCCAAACUUUAUCCAGCUGUAACCACCAUGGACUUACCUGCAAUCAAGGAUAAAGUACCGGAAAUAAGCGAUAGAAAAUACGACAACGACAAGAUUGACAAGCCUUCAGAAAUAUCGCGGUUUACCGCCAAUUCCUCGGCGCCAUACGGACAGUCCUUCAAGUGCCCUCUCUACGGUGUCAUCGACAUCCCCCUGAUGCUGAACAGUUCGAACCCUGGCAGGAUCAAAUCUGUCAUCGCCUCCUUGAUGGACAGACAUGCGGCAUUGCGGGAUCGUUACCAGAACAACGGUACAUCCAGCAAAGGCGGCGAUGGCAAGGUUUUGUCUAUUCACACCAACAUCAACCUUUACGAGAUUGACGAAGGACCGGACACAGCUCAGAAACUGGACAAAGAAACAAAGCUAGGCUGGAACGGCCAGGACUUACCUUUCAGGUUUAUUCUGAUACACGCAGAGAAACCACUGCUGCGCGUCGUCUUUGAUAAAAAUUUUCUCGACAUGAAAAGCGCCUUCAGUCUCUCUCAACAAUUAGAAGCUUUGCUCGCCUCUCGACCUCUUUUGAGGAAAGGUCAUGAGGUCGGCGAGACUUCGAGUCUGUCCAUCAAAAACUCGUUGGCAAUAAAAAAUUUGGACGAAUUCCUCUCAUUUUGGAGGAGUAUUCUGGAUUGUUGUCGACCUACCGUCUCGGACGCAACCUCUUUGCUGGCUUCUAAAAAGCGAAAGUACAGCCGCUCCCAGAGCACCCACUGGGGCGUGGCCAGCGACUCCAUGGUCAUGACACCACAGUUGUUCUCCAAGGUCAAGGCCUUUCUGGUGCGUCACGGUGUGUCUCUGCUGGGCCUGAUGGCCAGCUGUUACCAGAUCCUUCUCCACGCUAUGACUGGCUGCUCCACCAUCGCCCUGGCCUUCCCUGUGGACCUGCGAUCUUUCGUCGGGCAGAAAGCCACCUGCCUCGGCAGCUGGAGCCAGGAGAUCCCAUUGGUCUUGUCUUUCCCGCGACCUUCUCGGAAGAGAGCAGAACGAGGCAAUGUGAAGGCCGUGAGUGCUGCUGACUUUGUGGUCGCCGCCAACCGCAUGAUCAACGUGCUGGUUGACCACAGCUUCGUGCCUUUCUCGCAGCUUCCGGAAGUGGGCGAGCGGCUGACGGAAGUGGUUGUCGGCAGCCAGCACGGCAUCAUGGCCCAGCUCGUGCAGGCCGGCCGCGAGGGGGCACCCCAGUCAGCCGGGUCGCUCCUGCACUCGGCGGACGCAGAAACUUUACUGUGCGUGCAGCACGACAUUCCGCGCGAGACUGUGCACGUGCGCCUCAACUUCCACACGCGCGUGCUGAACCUGAAGGCGGGGCGCGCCUUGCUGAGCCUGCUGAUGCAGACGGUUGAGGGCGUCGUGGAUGAACCAAGCCUCAACCUGUCCGCUAUCAUUAGGUGUUCGCGUAAGAAAGGGAGAAAACUUCUCAAGUCAAGGGAGUAAACUGUAGACAAGCUUGGUCUCUCUAUGGCGUCCAGACGUGGACACAUCGCUGACCUUUUAAAGUCAGUUUAGGUCAGGAAGAGUCUAUUGCUUAUUAUGGGUUAUUGUAAAAAGUUAUGGACUAAGAUGCCAACUACUUCUCUCCUUUAUCUGUUUCUCUGUAUCUAUGUCUGUCUGUUCUAUUGAUUUGUUUAAUUAAUGUUUUUAUUUGUAUUUAUUAACAGGCUGAGGGGAUCGGCUCUCCUUGUUUAUGUUUUAUUGGAUAGAAAUAUUGACCUUCAUGUUUACAUGUGUUCCUGCUGCGCUUUCUUCCUCUUCUUGUUUGCAACAGGACUGUCUACAAUGUAUAUAAUGUGUAUAAUGUGUUUAAUGUAUAUAAUGUAUAUAAUGUGUUAUUUGAAGUACGAACAGUUGGAUCUAAUGGCUGGGGUCGGUUCUCUCCCUUCGGCAGCGACCGUGCGCUGCUGUGAAUAAACUGAAGUGAUGAUCGCCCUCUUGCAGUUUCAUGUGAUAACAUUUCUUCAUAUUCUCAAGAUAACUCAAUAUCUUCCCAGUAUUGUCCUGAUGUCACUGACCUUAUUCUCUGGAGUCGUUACCCUUACAUCUUCAGUUAUUUCCCUUUACUGCCGCACGCAGCGAGUGGUCGCGUGGUUCUUCCUUCUACAUCUUUGUUAUUAUUUUGUUACCUUGUUCUGCAUCUUUGUUACUAUUUUGUGAUUUUGUUCAGAACAAUAACCUCGCCUUUUACUGAGAUAAUGCGCUGUAUAAAUUCUCUUAUUAUUAUUAUUGUUGUUUUAUUAUUAAUAACCUUUACCAUAAUGCUAUAAUUUUUACACCCUCCCUUUUCCAAUAUCAUGUUACUCUCAGCUCUUGUUCUUGCCCUUUGGUUCCUCUUUGUGUUUUCUGCAUUUGAUUUUAUUCUUCUUUCAGUACGGUUGUUCAUUCUUCUAUAGUUCAUCUGUUAUUUGUUUGUUGUCCUGUCCGUCGUAUGCUGUCCAUGUUUCCUUAUUGUUCUUAGGCGCUAAGAGCUUGGUCCUCAGGACUGUGAGUAUGUGUUUUACACAUUUAGCAUUUAUUAUUAUUAUUAAGUUCUUUUGCGCACAUCUGCCUUAUAUGUGUACCUCUAUCAGCAUCGAUGUGUAUCUGCAUCACGUGUAUUUCAUGUAUUUGUAUAUAGGUGCUCUUCUAGAAGCACUUGUCAAAGCACAGAAUUCAUCCUGCUCUGUGUUCAAACUCUGCAGAGCGUUAAAAAGAAAACUUAACGGUUAAGCUGAAGUCUGUUAUUGCUGGAGACAUUAAUGUUUUUCAGUUAAAUUAGAUGUGAAUCGAAAUGGACUGAUGUAGUAAAGGGAGAGAAGAAGUCGUUCUUAUUGUGAUCAUGACCUUUUUGCGAAGAAAUAUUAAAAGCAAGAACACAAUGUUGAGGACAGAAAGCGCUGACCAUUAAUCGUGUUUCGAUUUCUUAAAAUAUUUUUAAUUGUCAAAAAUAAAGUUGGGAAGGGUU